AGGAUUGAAACUUCAUUAAGGCUUUUAUGUAACCGACAACAGCAACAUUUAUUUAUACCAAUCAGUUUAAACCAGGAGAAUGUCUACACUGUCUGUCAUUGGUCUCAGUAUUUGUCUUGUGUUUAUUAGUAUUUUCAUGCAAGGAACUGAAGCACAGGACUGUGCUGCCUGCCGCACAACUUUCACGAGCUCAAUAACAAACGCAUUGCAAGACAAGGAGAGAAUAUGCUAUGCAGUGAAUAUCUUUCUGACAUGUUUGGAUGACGACUGCGAUGCGAGUGUAUCUAAGAUCAUUAUUGACGCAGGCAAAAAGGCUGCAUCUCAGUACGGUUGUGGUGCCGGAAGUAUUCUUGUCAACCUGACUGUCAUUGGUUUAGGACUUACAUCGUAUAUGCUUGCUUAGAAGCCGCAUUUUAAUACAUUUAUACGAACAAACCUGAAGAUACAUGUCCAUAUUUACAAAAAAAUGUUUAGGAUUUAAGUUCUUCGCCUUAAUUUAAUUCACUUUUGCACAUUUGCACUGCUUGGAUGGAUCGAACAAAUGUGCAAAAUCUGAUUAAGACACAUGCAUACUUUUCUUGGUUUAAUUUGUAAUUAAUGAAUUAUUUUUACAGUUAUUAUAAUUUUCUUACAACAGUUGUUAUAAAUUCUGAAAUAUGAAUA